GGUAGUUCAGUCCGGCCGGGAGCGGGGCAGAGCCGCUCAGGCGCGGGCCGAGCCGGGCGGGAUGGACAAGCUUAAGCGGGUGCUGAGCGGCCGCGACGCGGAGGAGCCGAGUGUCCUGGCCGAGGCUAUUGAUGCAACUUCGUUAGGUUGGGGCACCAGAGUGAAGGGCUUCAUUGCUUGUUUUGCAUUAGGAUGCCUGUUCUCGCUUUUGGGUAGCUGUCUGCUAUGGGUACCAAAGAAAGGGCUGACGCUCUUUGCAGUGUUUUAUACUCUGGGGAAUAUUACAUCUAUUGGCAGCACUCUCUUUCUUAUGGGACCAAUGAAACAAUUGAAAAGGAUGUUUGAGCCUACCCGUUUGAUUGCAACUAUUGUUAUGCUAUUGUGUCUCAUACUAACACUGUGUUCAGCUUUCUGGUGGCGUAAAGAAGGACUCGCUCUCCUUUUCUGCAUCUUACAGUUUUUUGCCAUGGCAUGGUACAGCAUUUCAUUCAUACCAUUUGCAAGGGAUGCUGUGAAGAAAUGUAUUUCGGUCUGCCUGUCCUAACAGAAAUACUGGAUUCUUCACAAAGUUCUAGGACUUACAGUAGAACUAUGUUAAGAUCACUGUGUAUGUAUUUUCCUACUUCUGUCUUAAACAUGUGCCUUUCAGCUUGUUAGAAGCUCCUUAUGUUGAAUCCAAUGUAUGCAAUUGCUUGGUUUUGUAAGCAAUGGUGUCUGUAGGACAGGGUGUUUGUGAUCAACUGAAGUUCAGUCUGGCAGAAGAACUGGGCAGAGAUGUAGAACCUGUUAUGAUGAUUCUUAUGUAAAAUCAUGUAUUUGUUGGUUUUGCAAAAGUAACAAAGUAAUACAUGGAGUCUGUAAAAUUAAGACCUCGACUCUGAAGGGACUAUGCUGGUCUAGAGGAUUUCUUUUGCAGGAAAACUAAAUCAGUUGGCAACUGAUUUCUUAUUGAGAACUUGCUUUUUUGUUUUGUUUUUUAUUUUAUUUUAAACAGCCGUAUGUGUGCCAGUUUGAAGUGACCUGUGUCACCUAAUCUUUGCACUGUUUGCCUUGGAUAAUGGAAUAUCGGUAUUCUUUCUUUUCCUGCCUUCCUUUACGUAUAUGAGAAUUCCAAAAGAUUUGAUUGAAAUUCUAUUUGAUUUCAAUUUUAAUUGAAAAGACUGAUUUGGUGUUAAGUAUGAAAUGUUUGCAUCUUUAAUGAAGUAUUUAGUUUUCAGUUUAGACUGAUGGUGUUUUCUUAAAAUACACGAAAGGAGCAUCAUCUGUAAAAAUUUGUUCCUGUAGAAAAAGCACCUGCAAAAUAAGGGAAAUAGAAUUUUUUUAGCUGCCAGGAGCCUGAGUUGUUUGCCUUGUCUGCAGCUAAUGGCAAUACAUAAAAGGCAGGAAAGGGAAGUUUUUGACAUGAAGCAAGGUGCUUCUCUUUUCCCCCAGCUGUAGCACAGGGCGCUGUGAAGCUGAGGGCAUGAGAGGUAAGCAAAGAGAGAAUUUAUGCGUGUCCUUUUUCAAAGGGCAAACUCUGUUGAUAAGGUGGAAGUGGGCCAUUGUUUAGGCAAUCUGGGCCGGGGAAAAGAUGUUUUCUUUUGGACUCGUAAAUGGGUUAAAACUCCAGCUUUUUUUUUUUGUAAGUGGGAUUGUUUCAUUUUUCCUAAAGCUCUUGUAUACACUAGUGAACUUCUGCUUUGAGGAGAAAGUACAUUUUUUUUUUUUUGUAUUGCCUGUCUUAGCAAAGAAAACAUAUAACAAUCUAGCUGCCAGCUCCAAACAAAUGCUGAACAGUUAGUAUCCAAAUUCCAAGGCCACUCUACAUUCUCUUUUAUCUUCUGAGCUAUGUAUAAUCAUUUACUCCCAGAUCGUUGCAGUGCUCAGUUGUUCAAUAUCUGAGCACAGUUUCCUACUUCUUCUGUGUGAGAUACUGUUUAACUGCUUUCACCUUUCCUCUUAGAAAAUUGUCUUGCUGGGGUCAGUCUCUAUGAAGAUGAUUACCCAGUGGACUUUAGUGUGAACUGAAACCUCUUUUAAGAAUUCCAUCUACCAAGAGUUUAAUCAUUUAAGAGCUUUGUGUUUUCAUGGCAAGCGCAUCCCUGACUGGUACCACAGAGAUUUAAAAUCCCUGUGUAAGAAAAACCUAGUUCUACUUGGAGAUAAAGUAUAAAUCCACAGUGAAGCCAAAUAAUUCUGUGGUUUCCAGAAAGUGACUAGAAACUGAACUAAUUCCAAAUCUUAAACUUAAGUGUCCUUCUGAUAAUAUAUAAAGCACAGUACUAUCCUGCUGUUAGGAUCAUCUUAAAAAAAAAAACCAAACCACCAAAAAACAAUUCCCUUUUGAGAAUGCUAUGAAGAGGAAAUUUUAACAGACUUUCUGUGGCUUCCAGCUGGCUAGAGUUACCAUUACAAAGGCAUUUGAAUGUUCCUUUGCUGUUCCAAUACUGCCUUGAAAACAUGGCACUGAUGUUAGGAUGAAUCAGUUGUACAGGAUCAUGUUGAAGUGCUAUGUCCUGAUGCUUUUUUUUCACCCAAGAAUUUGGAAGUUAGUGGUGAAAUAAUUAGGUUGACUAUUACUUUGUUUGAAAGAAAGAGAGAAAGUUCAAAGAGAGACUGGGAAUUAAAGAAUACCGAUGUUUCUUUUCCCUGUCUGAUCUAAGACAAGUACCUAAACUGAUGUGUGUCUCUUUUAUCAGGGGCUACGUUCAAAACCUAAUUAACAUUUGUCAAAGGACCUGUGUUAGUCUUUUAUUAGGACUUCCAUAAUGUUUACAGAAUUCCUUUGUAUAAGGGCAAUCAAAAUGCAACCCUAAUGCCUUUUACAUUCCAAUAUUUAUCUUUCACAUCUCUGGGUGUUGCUGGAAAACGCUGCUACUAUAGCAUUCUUUAUUUCUCUUUCCCCUCUCCAGGAAAGUGAUGUUAACUUGGAUCAUCAUUCCAGGCUCAUCAGCAGUCAGCAUAGUGGAAUUUGGCUUCUGGGGUUCUUUUUUGUGAAUACUUCAGAUUAGGAGGAGUAAAAGCCUUUUGCUUAUUCCUUGACUAGCUUGUGCAGGGUUGUGGUACCCUGACUUCAUAGCAGUUCCUCUAGAAGAACACUAGAAGGGGGUAUCCUGAAUAGAAGUUUUUCAACUUGCACACCAGCAAACUGGAACCUUGUAGCUGACUGUUGGGAGCACAAACUUAGAAGCAGGAAAUUUAGAUAGUGGGCUUACUAGGAAAUAGAUAGCGGGUAAACUUAAAUGGAGUUGUAUUUUUUCUUCCCCUCUUCCUGUCCUUUUAAAGCUGUAAUUCCAGGUCCACAGCCUUUUAUUCAAUAAGAGAGAAGAACAAAUCUUCACUGCAUAGCACACAAGGCUAAGCAAUUGUGGCCUUAGAGGAAGGGAACCCAAGGAGAGAUGGCAAAGACAUAAACCCUAGAGCACUCUGGUGAUCCUUAUGUUGCCCUUCGUUGCAUUCUGUCCCUGUGAAGGUCAGGCAGUAGGACUCACCAUAUUCUUGCCAAUAUGCAAAACUUACUCAGGGUUUGUCUCUUCAUCUACAAGCAGUUUUGAUUUAAAAUAACUAUUCUCUAUCAGAACAAAACUCUUCAGAGUCUUGCUUGCUUAUACGUAGUUAUGUUUUGGCUGUUGCCAAGGGUAGCAUCAAAAGAUUUUUCCACUUUGUUAAAAUAUUUUAUGUGAUUUUUACAUAAUUGGGGAGUAAACUAGUGUAUGAAUGUUCCUUCUUGACCAGUUUCAAUCUGAUUUAGAUCAUACUGUUAUACUACUUUUCUGUCAUUAGAAGUACUUUGUGUUAAGUUGUGGUAUCAUCAGCUUGGUGGGAAGCACAGUGGGCAUUUCUGAAGCCCUCUCCAGCUUUCUAUCUUAAUGUCAUUCAAGGCAGGAAUGUUUGUCUAGCACACUCUACUGCAAAUAGAGAUGUUUGUGUUUUAAAUCACAAAGCUCCUUCCUCCCCAAAGUCCUUGCUCAGUUGCCUACAGCACUUAACUCAAGGCUGACUUUGCUAAAGAAACUUGUAUGAUGUUAGAUGCCCAUCUCAGUAGGAUUUGGUGUUGUACCACAAAGUGCUUUUUGCCCAGCCUUGCUGUUGGUCAACUUCCCUAUCCACUUUUUAACUUUUUAACCUUAACCAAGCAGCCUUAGCAUACGGUUCUAGCAUGAAAUGUGCCUAUCUGGGAUCAGCUGACUUUCCAGAUGUAACAAAUGGAAAAGGGGAGAGCGGUAGUUAUCAGUUCCCAAACUACUGAAAUUCUAUACAUUCAAAUGUGGGAUUGUUCUCAUGCAACAGAGCAGAACUGUGAAGUCCAUUGUGAUACUGGUACUACCUGAGCUGGUUCUACAGUGAUGAUGUGAACAAUUCCAUCUUGUUUAGUAGCUACAGUAAGAAGAUUGUUCAAGAGCUGUUCCAAAAACCAAGGAAAACAUUUCUGCACCAAGUUGAAACUCCUUUAAGAAAUCAUGGUGAUCUUGUUUGUUUGUUUUUUUGGGUUUUUGUUCAGUUUUUGACAACGGUUUAGUUUUGGUACUUAAAUCAUGUUAAUGAAAGUAACAUCACUUUUGCUAUUGUGGACUUUGAAAACUCAGGAGAGGGAGGAUGUUUAAGCACACAUUUGUCUUAAAUAUUGAUGUUUACAAUCGUAGCAAAUACUGUGUAGGACAGAAAGCACAGAAAUAGUCUAUUUUCUUAAAACCACGUGCCUCACUGUAAUGUGACAACACUAAAUUUUUUUUAACAGCUGUGGAAUUGUUUUGUAAAAUAAAACCCAAACUCUCAGAAAUUCUUCACAAUGUUUUAUACUGUUGCUGAUUCUGUUGUUUGUGCUUUUUCUAUGUAUUUACACUGUUUGAUUUCUACUUUGAUAAACAUCCUUUUUUUUUCUCUGACUUGUAACUUUCUCUGUAACAAAGUGAAAUUUUUACUUAAAAGUGCUGGGUUUUUUCCUUCAAUAAAGUUGUCAUUGCAUUAAAUGAA